AUGGGCCCCGCUAUGGAGCGGAGGCAGCGGGGAUGCCGCGGAGCCCCAGCCUGGGGGUGCCGCCGCCUGCUGCCCUUUCUUAGCGCCCUGCUCUGCGCUUCUGGGGACCCCAGCGUCGGCCCGGUAGGGAUGGGGAGCGGUGAGCCGCCAGCCUUGAGCUGGUUAAAAACCUACGGUUAUCUACUUCCUUCUGACACACGAAUGUCUGCUCUACACUCAGGAAAAGUUAUGCAGUCUGCAGUUUCCACUAUGCAGCAAUUUUAUGGCAUCCCAGUAACAGGAGUGUUGGAUCAGACCACUAUUGAGUGGAUGAAGAAGCCUCGUUGUGGUGUUCCUGAUCAUCCCCAUUUAAGCCAUAGACGAAGGAGUAAGCGAUACGCACUAACUGGACAAAAAUGGAGACAAAAACAUAUCACAUACAGUGUACACAACUACACCCCUAAAGUUGGAGAGCUUGAUACCAGAAAAGCCAUCCGGCAAGCAUUUGAUGUUUGGCAGCGGGUGACUCCACUCACUUUUGAAGAAGUUCCUUAUCAUGAAAUUAAAAGUGACAGAAAAGAGGCAGAUAUCAUGAUAUUUUUUGCUUCUGGUUUCCAUGGUGACAGUUCUCCUUUUGAUGGUGAGGGUGGAUUCCUAGCCCAUGCUUAUUUUCCUGGACCAGGAAUAGGAGGUGAUACUCAUUUUGAUUCGGAUGAGCCAUGGACACUGGGAAAUUCUAAUCAUGAUGGAAAUGAUCUCUUUCUUGUUGCGGUGCAUGAACUUGGUCAUGCACUUGGCCUUGAGCAUUCCAAUGAGCCCAGUGCCAUCAUGGCUCCUUUCUAUCAGUACAUGGAAACACACAACUUCAAGCUACCACUGGAUGACCUUCAAGGAAUUCAAAAGAUCUAUGGUCCUCCUGCUGAGCCAUUGGAACCCACCAGACCAUUACCAACCCUUCCUGUUCGUAGAAUCCAUUCCACUUCAGAAAGAAAGCAUGACAGACAUUCAAGACCUCCCAGACCCCCAUUAGGAGACAGGCCAUCUGCCCCAGGCAGUAAACCCAAUAUAUGUGAUGGAAACUUCAAUACAGUGGCUCUGUUUAGAGGAGAAAUGUUUGUUUUUAAGGAUCGCUGGUUUUGGCGUCUCCGCAACAAUCGUGUGCAAGAAGGUUACCCCAUGCAGAUUGAACAGUUCUGGAAAGGGUUGCCUGCAAAGAUUGAUGCUGCCUAUGAAAGAUCUGAUGGAAAAUUUGUAUUCUUUAAGGGAGAUAAGUACUGGGUUUUUAAGGAGGUGACAGCAGAACCAGGGUACCCACACAGCUUAGUGGAGCUGGGCAACUGUCUUCCUCGUGAAGGGAUUGACACAGCUUUGCGAUGGGAACCUGUAGGCAAAACCUACUUCUUCAAAGGAGACCGGUAUUGGAGAUAUAAUGAGGACAAGAGAGCAACAGAUCCAGGUUAUCCCAAACCCAUUACUGUAUGGAAAGGGAUCCCACAAGCUCCCCAAGGAGCAUUUGUUAGCAAAGAAGGCUUUUAUACCUACUUUUAUAAAGGUAAAGAGUACUGGAAGUUUGAUAACCAGAGGCUGACUGUGGAACCGGGAUAUCCCAGGUCAAUCCUCAAGGACUGGAUGGGUUGCAACCAAAAGGAGGUUGAACGGAGCAAAGAUAGACGCCUCUCUCAUGAUGAUGUGGAUAUUAUGGUGACUAUCAACGAUGUGCCUAGCACGGUCAAUGCAAUUGCAGUUGUGAUCCCCUGCAUUUUAUCUCUGUGCAUCCUUGUCCUGGUAUACACAAUCUUCCAGUUCAAGAACAAAGAAGUCCAACAAAGUGUGACCUACUACAGACGACCUGUUCAAGAAUGGGUAUGA